CAUAGCAGGCCGGCGAAUAGCAGUCAACUGCUUAAAAUAAGUUCAUCUGCUGAAGCUGGCAUAUUCCUGAGCUAUUUCCUAUUGAAAGUAUUAUGGAGGAAUAUACACGCGAGCCGUGCCCCUUUCGCAUAGUGGAGGACUGUGGCGGCGCCUUCACCAUGGGCGCUGUGGGUGGCGCCAUAUUUCAGGCGAUCAAAGGUUUUCGCAAUGCCCCCUGCGGGCUGCCGCGUCGCCUGGCGGGCGGCCUGGCCGCGAUGCGUGCCCGUUCCGGACUGGUUGGUGGCAGCUUUGCCAUUUGGGGCGGCACCUUCAGCGCCAUCGAUUGCAGCCUGGUCUAUAGUCGCGGCAAAGAGGAUCCAUGGAAUUCAAUUAUCAGCGGCGCGGCAACUGGCGGCAUACUAGCUGCACGCGGUGGUGUCACCGCCAUGCUGAGCAGUGCACUGGUGGGUGGGGUGCUGCUGGCUCUCAUCGAGGGCGCCGGCAUUGCCAUGUCGCACUAUACGGCCGAUAACUAUCGCCAGGUAUCUGUGCUGGAGCGUAUGCAGCAUUACAAUGAGCGUCAACUGCGUCAGCAACAGCAGCAGCAGCAGCAGCAGCAGCAGACGACUACAACGAUUCCCAGCUUCUACACGGAUCCAAACGAGGGCAACUCGAUGCCGGCUUAGAUUCCUGCUGCGUCAUCGAUAGGCAACGACCAUCGAAUACAAAUGUUGAAAAUGUGUUUUUGUUUUUUGCUCUUUUUUUUUCUGAUUGUUCGGCGGGGCAUGCGGCAAGUGCCUCGAAAUUGAAUAGAAAUACAAUUGCUGGCACAUUCAGUUUCAUUAAAAUUCAUUUGCCGUGCA